AUGUCAGUAUCCUGGGAUGUCACCUCCUUUGCCGUGCAGACUACCACGGCCGAUCAGGUAACCGACCGGCUCUAUGCCAAUGGCAAUAUGCAGGUUCCUGUGAUAGUCACUAUCAAUGCUAUAAAUCCAACGACAUGGGCAACCCAUCGGUUGACCGAUGCCGAGCUCCAGGAGAUCCAGUUGAUAGACUAUUAUUCCGGGGCUGUACUCACAGGUACCUGGUUUUAUUCUUUGACUCCAAAUGGCUUCGCCCACACGCUCGCCGGCACAGACGAGCCCGUCGAACCCACUUCGGACGCACCUCAAUCCAUCAGGUUGUAUGUCUCGUCCACCAGAAUCGAGAACAGAGUCAUCGGCGCACGUAUCACUCAGCCCAAUAACACCGUGGUGACCACGAAUAGCACCAUCUUUAACUCCUUGGUCACUCUGACGGCAAUCCAGCCAGUAAUUUAUACAACCGGCAACAUCACCUUGGGAGACAAGAAGAAAAUUGCCACCGGAAACUGGACGUUGACCUUGGGGAUAAACAGUAAUUUCACGAACCACAGCAAAGACUGGCAGCAGGAGAACUAUUAUGUCACAUCGAACGUACAUCCGAUCUUGCAAGCCGAUCUGCACGACUAUAGGACCAGCGCGACCUUGACCAACUCCUUUUCCUUCCAGUUUAACAGGCACGACCUCAGCAUCUUCUACUUUUGGAACCCAGGACCGGAGACUUCGAGACAAGUGGGAGUACAUCACAGGAGGGAAGUUAUCCAAUAUGGGGAGAGGUUUGGUCCCAUCACGGUCUAUUCGACUACGCAUAACGCAAGAGCCACUGUCCAAGUCAAUCAGCAACGGAAUGCAUUUUGCCUCACUCACAUGGUCUUCUUUAAUAAUAGCAACUGGGAGAUCGCGCCCUGGUCCGAGGACGCAUGGGUCCGGCUGUACGAUACUUUUGGAAACUACGGCGACUUUUAUGUCAAGGUCAGAGAGAGCACGGAUGAGAACGGGACUAUGGAACAUACCCUCUAUCUCCAAAACAAGAACACCGCGAACCUGACUGAGUCUAUCUCGUUCAAUCCCGCGGCCAAGCUGUGA